UCUGCAAUUGCCAUGGUUGCGCUACCGUCCUCCUACCACCUCCACAAGGCCAUGAUCCACCUGGUCCUCCGCGCCCUGCAAGCGGGCGGCGCCUUCGUGGCCAUGCUCACGGCCACGGCCGUCACGGGCCUCUCGUACGCCGACUACAGCCUCGUCGUCGCCUACACGGGCUGGAUGGCGUCCAUGGGCAUGGUCGGGCUCCUGCUUCUGCACAAGGUGCCCGUCGUGUACCCGACCAAGACGGCGCUGCUCGCCCAUGAUGCGGUGCUCGGCGCGCUGCUGUUCAUUGCAGGCAUCGCCAUGGCUGCGUCCAAGAUGCUCUCGGACGCCUGCAAGCUCCAGAGCGCGUUCGACCUGACCAACGGCAUCAACUGCUCGUCGUAUCGCGCAUCGACCGCAUUCCUUUUUAUCGUGGCGGUCCUCCACUUGAUCUCGUUUGGCUUGACCAUGGUCGACUAUUCGAGCCCGAAGGUCCCGAUGGAAGAUGCACUCGAUAUGAACGACGCGUUCAGCGCCAACGAGCCGCGCACGCCCCGCGGCGAGUACCCCGGCGAGUACGUCCCGCCGCAGGAACACCUCGCCCAAGUGUAAUUCCGUUGCGUCAAAGCUAACAUGUAUGUCAUUUCUUUUCGAAAAGUGGG